AAGCAAUUGGAGGCGAGCCGGGGAUAUAGAAGCUCUUGAGGAGGCACUCUGAUCGAACCACAUCAUCGCCCUGGUCUUGCAUACCUCUCGGUGCUUGUUCUCGACUUUCCGUAUUCCUACCGCCUGAGCCGACGAGCAUACAUCGCCCACCAUGGCAGAGAAUCUGAGGAUAGCAAUUAUUGGCGCGGGAAUGGGCGGUCUCGCAACCGCGCUCUCCCUCGCAAAAGCCGGCCACAAGAACAUCACGGUCUACGAGACUGCACCCGGACUCGGCUUCGUCGGCGCAGGCAUCCAGCUCGCACCAAACAUGGCACGCAUCCUCGACCGCAUGGGCUGCUGGAAGCAGAUCGCCGAAGAAGCCGUGCAAUGCAGCGACACAUCCAUCCGUGAAGGCAGCACGGAUGAGGAGCUGGGAUACGUAAAGCUCGAAUACGUAGAGAAGACAUAUGGAUACCCGCAUAUGGUCGGCCAUCGAGCGAGCCUAGCAGGCGCAAUGUACGACGGGUGCUUGAAGGAGCCGGGUAUCACAUUCAAGCUGAACAGCUUGAUAUCAGACGUGCAGUUCGGCGCGAAGCCCAGCUUCCUGGUGUCACCUGCGACCGCGGAGAAGAUGUCGGGAGCACGGCCGGAGCGAGUAGAGUGCGAUAUCCUCAUAGGUUGCGACGGCGUGAAGAGUCUGACCCGAGUCGCCAUGCUGAAGGAGCUCAACGAGACGGCCGAUGUCAAGGAUUCCGGACAGGCCGCGUACCGCAUUCUGCUCACGCGGGAGCAAAUGAAGGACGACCCAGAGCUGAUCAGGCUCCUCGAUGCAGACACGGUGACGCGCUGGAUCGGCGAGAAGAAACACAUCAUCGCCUACCCGAUCCACAACAAGCAGAUAUACAACAUCUCGACCGCCCAGCCCGACGUCAACUUCGCCGGCGCGCCAAACUCGACAUACACGACCACGGGCUCCAAGUCCGCCAUGAUGCAGGUCUACGGAGACUUCUGUCCCAUGAUUCACCGGAUGCUGGAUCUAGUGCCAGACGGCGAAGUCGUGGAGUGGAAGCUCCGUGUCCACGAGCCGCUCAGCACAUGGAUCCACGACAGCGUAGCUCUCGUCGGCGACGCAUGCCACCCCACCCUUCCCCAUCUCGCCCAAGGCGCCGCCCAAGCCAUCGAAGACGGCGCCGUGCUCGGCGUAACCCUCCAUCCGAAGCGCAUCGCAGACUGCAGCCCCGCGACCAUCAACCGCGCCCUCAAGCUCUACGAGAAAGUGCGGAAAGGCCGCGCCGAAGCGCUCGUCGAGCUCGCGGCCGAGAACGGGCGGCAGAUGCACCUCGGUUCUGGCAAGGCGAAGGAGGAGCGCGACAAGAUCUUCGCGGCGCUGAAGACAGGCAAGGGCCCGGUGCCGGAUAAGUGGGCGGAUGCGGAUGUGCAGAGGAUGAUUUACGGAUGCGAUGUCGUGGCAGAUGCGGAGAGAGUGUGUAAAGAGGAGGGGUUUGCGAGUAAACUGUGAGUAACCUUUUCCUGGAUGCUAUGGUGAGGUGGUCUGAUGUGUUCUCUUCAGAGAUGCUUAACUUGGGGUGCUUGAUCAUGCCUUGUCACAUAGCGAUGGAAGCAAAUGAAAUUCUGAAAUGUUAACAA